GAGAGAGACUGGAACUAUAGCUCAUGGCGGUACGGUCAAAAUGGCGGCCGAUGUGAGAUGUGUGCGCGAAGUGACCGCCUUCGCUGAUUCUCAAGAUGUUAGAAAACUAGAUAUUACCAUCGCAUCGGUAGCAAACACCACGAUAAGGACUGAUGAAGAUACUAGCUGCCAAGUAGCUGGAGGGUAUGGGUAUAGGAGAAACACAAGGCCCGACUCGGUGACUAACAAUCGCUUCAUACUAUGGAAAAUCAAUGACAAUAUACUUGAGUUAUCUGAGUACUCCCUUGAUGUGAACCUGUCAGGAAAUAGAAUUCAACUCAGAUUUACUGAUGGCAAAUUGUUGCCUAAAGUUUCUGUUUAUGAAUCUGCUGGAAAUGUGAUUCUGCUAAUUGCAACAACCACCAGUGUCCACAGACUUGUUUUUCCCCAUCCAGAUAGACUGCCAAAGCAUACUUUCUUUCUCUCCUCAUCUUCUAAUGUGACCUUACCAUCUAUCUUCAACCUCCACUCUAUCCCUGAAGUAAAUGAGCCAUGGAAUCUUGCAGUAUUUAGCACACAUUGUCUCUAUGCGUCUGGGUGGUUGUGCCAAGAUGGGCAAGUGCUCUUUGCUCUUGCCACUGCUAGUGGUAGCAUUCUGCUGAUCAAACUUCCCCCACCUGGCAAUAAUAGUGAAUCUGAGCAGUUUGAAUUACGCAAAUCCAGCGUGAUGCAGCGCCUGUGGUCUGGGCUUGUACCAACUAGCCUGAGGGGUGUCACCCCCGAUGCAGAUGGUGUGCUUGAACUUACUCUACAGCCUUUAGGGAAGCAAAUGUGUAUCUUUACUUUAUGCCGUGACCACAAGUUUAGAAUAUGGUCCUGUCAGAAACAAGAGUGCAUUGCAGUCAAGAAUUUACUUGAUGAUGUUUCAGAUGAUAUUGAUAGCCAGUCUUCAGAUGCCCAGAGCCAUAGAAUGUGUAAAUAUGUGCAGGCUUCUACAGGCAGAGUGUAUAUAGCAGUUCAUUUGUGCUUCCCUUUUCAUAAACAGUUCUCUGUCUAUGAAGCUGUUGCAUCUGAAGAAAGUAUCUGCAUGCUACCUGUUUACAUUUCUCAUGUGGAUUCUGAAAUGGGCAGUCUAGUAGAUUUUUCACUCACAGCUCAACAUGUUUGGGCAACAUUCUCGACAACAGAUGGAGAGCCAGUCACCAUGUUCACAGGCUUAGAAGGAGAUGCAAGUAGUUCUUGCUGGAAGAGGUCGACAUCAUCAAUAGUCCCUUCCCAGAUUGUGGUGCCCGCUCACAGAGAGCCAAGGGAAGUAUUCUUAGAUGAGCUGUUUUACCCUGGCCGACUCAGAGAUCAGGCAAUCCUAAAAGCUGUACAGAUCUAUCCAUCUAGUCCCAGUCUUCCCCCAAGUGCUAUCCAGAGUCUCUUAAGCAACAGACAGGAACUGCAACAACUUGUGACGAGUUUGAUUGAUGGAGAAAUCCAGCUUAAUGCCCCAGAUGGAGACUUAUCCUACGAUGAGUACUUUCAGCUCCAGUUAAGAUGCUGGGAGCAGUUCUACAGUUACGUCAUUCAGUAUCAUGUGGCUGGAUGCAAACCAUUUGGUUUAUUUGCAGAUGACACCACCGAUUUGGUUUGUGUAAUCAGAAAGGAAAUGGUAUCAUUUCUGAGACCUUGUGAUGCCAUUGAGAAGAUUAGCCUAAUGCCAGAUGAGGUGGACCCUGAGGACUUCUAUGCUGAACCAUUUCUAGAGAAGAAUAGUUCAACGAGAUCAGCACUUACACUCUAUUGUAAAGCCUUCAAACUGGUAACUGAUACAGUAACAGAUGAAAACAAAGCUGCCAUAGAGUAUGCCCUCUUGUACAAAGGAGACCCAGAAGUGACGGCAAAGGAGAUAGCGUCCUCUCUUUUAGCCCACGACAGAGGGGAGGACAAACUUCUAACUGGAGAUGAAGACAGCUCACCGUUUGCUCAAACCAUUGAAGCAAGGUUACAAGCAAUCCCUGACUUGCUGAGCUGUCUUGAAAUCAUUCUGCAACCACUUGAUCUUUCUGGGAUGAACCUUGAUAGCACAAAGGCUGCUAACCCAGACUGGUUGGGUGAUGGCUGCAAGCAGGUUUUUGGCAGUACAUCCAUGAUUUCAACCCUCUGCCUGAGCUUCCAGCAAAUGGUCAAUGCACGCAUGAACUUCUGUUGUGAUCUACUGGUCCUUCUCUGCAUUGUGGAAAGGCUAGAAUCAAGGGCUUUCACAUCUCCUCAACGAUGUCAAGAUAUCAGUUCUCUGUACAUACCACAUGCGUGUAGGCUGUUGCGAUGCUACCAUACCCUUCACUGGAUUGCAGAGCAGAAGCCUGCUCCAGCACCUUCAAAUGCAUAUGAGUCUAACCUCAAGCAGUUAGCUGCCCUCGAGAUCUCUGAUGGAAUGCAAAGAAAUAUACUUGAUCUUCUUGAUCAUUCUGGUGGCACCUUGCUGGAAGCCUUUAUUCAGAGUAGUGGAGGACAGCAACUUAGAGAUAUGGUCUCUAGAACACAAGGUCUGGAUCAACAGUCAUUUGGUGCAAAACUGAAGAUAACUCUUUCCUGUUUAGCUGGGCUCCUUUGGCCAACACAAUCAAUCUUACUUGCUGAUUUUCUCCUGUCAAACUGUCAGCACAUGCUCCUCCAGGGCUACUGCCAUUUGAUUGCCGGCUGGGGUGCCAUUUUUCAGACCUAUCAUGACUUCUUGUGCGGCCAGUCACAUCUAGUCACUGGGGAACACCAUAAAGCUCUUGAGCAUUUCACAAAGGCGGCAGAGGGAAUUGUAGAUGAAGAUGGCUCAAUACGCAAGCUGUUACAGUCUGACAGCCAAGAUCCUGCCUCUCUAGUUGUGCUGUAUUAUGUCAAGGUCAUGCGCCUCUUUGAGCAGUUUGAAGUUCUAGACAUGGUAAUAUCUGUAGCUAACACAGCACUUAGUAUUGCCAACUCAAAGGAUCCUAAUGUUCCAAAUCUAUGGUCAAACAUUUUCAAACACCACCUUGAGCUCGGCCACAAUGACGAGGCUUAUGCUGCAUUAACCAGUAACCCUGACCCAAGCAGGAGGAGAGAUUGCCUUCACCGGUUCAUGGUGGUUUUAUGCGAGCGUGGACAGCUGCAGGAGUUGUGUGAAUACCCGUAUGUCAACUUGAAGGACCAAUUUGUUGGCAUCAUGGAGUCUCAUGCCCGCACUGUGGACAUCACCACACAUCAGUUCUAUGACCUUCUUUACGCCUUCCACAUGUUUCGAGGCGAUUACCGAAAGGCUGGCAAUGUGAUGUAUGAGUACGGUGGAAGAUUGGGGCGAGAGUUGCCUGGUAAGGCAGGCCUUCAAAAACAAGCCAAAUGCUACCUGGCCGCCAUGAACGCCCUGCGCUUGGUGGAGCCGAAAAAUGCUUGGAUAGUCACACCUUGGGACCAUGCCCAGAACAAGACCACAGAACCUCCGAACAUGUCCCCAAAGCGCAAACAAGGGGAUGAGGAAUCUUGGUAUGGUGAUAGUCGCCCCAAGCCCAGGCGCAAGCUGACCGUGCUGGAGAUUGGAGAUCUGGAACGAGAGUACCUAUUGGUUCUCGCAAGGCUUCAGCUAUUGCGGAUGGACGCUGACCCAUCGCAAGGAACAGGCCCCGCCCUGACCCCGAAGGAGACCCAGACUCUUCUGAUCCAAGUGGGACUCUUCGACACCGCGUUCACCGUGGCUGAGACAUUCAAACUGCCGCGCGAUGCGAUAUUCGAGGGACUAGCCUCAAGAUGUGUAAAGUUGUCGUACAACUGCGCCGGUAUUUCCAGGAAUGGCGGGCUCGAUGAGGACGGCGCGUGGGACUGGUUACGAGCUAAUGACUCGGUCGGCCCUUCAUUCUCGCAAGACAAAAGUACCGCUGACCAGGCGUGGCACCUAUUGCAGUACUACCUGGAUAAACAGGGCACUCACCUGGAUAAACAGGGCAUGCACGAGGGUCGUUCCUACCACCGGUGUGUCGCCACCAAGCUCCUAUCCCUGGGCGCACAUCUACCCUCCUGGCUCGUUAAUGAUUUCAAGCGCCUGAGUCCAUCGGAACUGCUUUAUCUUUACGUGACGUACGACAUGCUUCAAGAAGCCACAGACCUGGCCAUCGAAUACAUCCAUGCUGUGCAAGGCGACGGCAAAGAACACUUUGGACUUAAGACUGCACUUCACGCGAACAUGCCUAGCGUGUGGCUGCCGUAUACGACCUUAGAUCACCUUCUGGUUGCUCUUGGUGAAGCAUCCGAAAACUCCACUCUGGCUAUUGCGCGCGAGGAGCUGGUAGAAAAACUCGAGCGCUACCAUGAUCACGUGGAACGCGUGUCAGAGACAAUGGUGACGACGGCCUGGAAACGAGCGGCGCAGACAACUCAAGGAUAGCGAAGCGCUGAAGUCUAUAGAAGAGGGAGGGACGUGGCUGGGUCGUUUGCUCGGUGAAGAUAACUGACAAAUGUACGAGCUGCCUCGCCGCAUCUUCAAGGACCAUUUCGGGAGUUUUCCUAACCAAUCAGCCGCUGUUUGUACGGCGCUUGUAGUGUACUUUUGAUUCAUGCUUUUGAAAUAAAGGUAGCCUGCUAGCCGUC